AUGACUACUCGCACUGGCGCAAUUACGAGGGCUCGCGAGGAAUCGCAGGUCAAUCCAACUAAUGGGGCCACCCCGACUGUAACCGAGGUCUCUCCGCCAUCAACUUCAACAUCUAAGAAACGAAGUAAAUAUCGCCAUGUAGCUGCAUACCACUCGGAAGCUCGUCAUUCCAGCCUCAGUCGAGAGGCCGACGUGCUUCCCAAUUUCUUGGGGUUUCGAAAUCUUAUGGUGUUGGUACUUGUGGCGAUGAACCUGCGAUUGAUUAUUGAAAACUUCAUGAAGUAUGGUGUGCUAAUUUGUAUUAAAUGCCAUGACUACCGCAGGCAAGACGUUAUUUUGGGGUCCAUAUUGUUUGCCUCGGUUCCGUGUCAUUUGCUUGUGGCAUACAUCAUUGAGCUUUCAGCCGCUACUGCAGCCAAGCAGACAGUGGGUCGUCAGAAAAAGACAGAGAAAGAGAAAGAACACGACCAGAAGGUCUUCCAGUCCACAUGGCCGUACACUGCUUUCCUACACACACUCAAUGCUACCCUAUGCCUCACAGUAACCAGCUUCGUGGUAUAUUUCUACAUUCACCACCCUGGCAUUGGGACAAUAUGCCAGCUACACGCGAUUAUCGUGUGGUUGAAGAACUGCUCUUAUGCCUUCACAAAUCGAGACCUUCGUCUCGCGCUCCUCAAUCCCUCCGCAGACCCGGGCUUGCCCGAAAUCUACUCCUCAUGCCCCUACCCGAGGAAUAUUACCAUCAAUAACCUAGCGUACUUUUGGUUGGCGCCGACGCUAGUGUAUCAGCCUGUUUAUCCGCGCACAGCAUCCAUCCGGUGGUCAUUUGUUGCAAAGCGCCUCGCAGAGUUCGUUGGCCUGGCAGUGUUCAUUUGGCUUCUGUCUGCGCAAUAUGCCGCGCCGGUAUUGCGCAACUCGAUUGAUAAGAUCGCAGUAAUGGACAUUGCCUCCAUUUUGGAACGGGUUAUGAAGCUGUCCACUAUCUCGUUGAUCAUUUGGCUUGCUGGCUUCUUUGCGUUGUUCCAGGCGCUUCUGAAUGCUUUGGCCGAGGUCAUGCGGUUUGGAGACCGCGAGUUCUAUACCGACUGGUGGAACAGCUCGAGUCUGGGUAUGUAUUGGCGAUCUUGGAACCGGCCUGUCUACCUCUUCAUGAAGAGGCAUGUCUACUCGCCGCUGGUGGGUCGUGGAUGGAGUCCUCUAGCUGCGAGUGGAAUGGUUUUCACGCUCUCUGCGAUUCUUCACGAAAUGCUUGUGGGAAUUCCCACACAUAAUUUCAUUGGUAUGUCUUGCACCCCUGGUAACAGCUCAAAGACUAAUCAAGUCCAGGUGUCGCGUUCUUUGGGAUGA